UUGAGAAUUUGUCUGAGGUUGGGGCUUGAGCUUCGAUAUUAAUUUUGUUAAGCAAUGUACAGAUAUUUUGGUCCCUUUGAAGACUUUCUGGGAGAGAGAUAUUUCUUGAUCUUGGAUAUAUAACUGAAUUAUGGAGAUGAGUCAAAAUUUUGAAGCUAAUAAGGAGCUAAUUUUAAAUUAAAUUUUAGUGGUUCUGUAUGAGGGGUAUAAGUUUAGCUUCUAUAGUGAGUCUCUUAACUCUCUUGAUAUCGAUUUUUACAUUUCAUAAUUGCUUGAAAUAAGGGAAGUAACUUCUCAAGCUGAUCGCUCCAGCUUUUUCUUCAGUGAGAUUUGGAGUUGAUUAAUCAUAAAAUCUUAAUCCUAAACCUUGUUGAAGAGGUUAGUUUGAUAUUCUCAAUACUGGCUUCUCAGUUUGUUAGAAAUAAUUUCAAGCAACCAGAACUACAAUGUAUGAUUUUCAUCAGGUUUUAUUAGAAAUCUCAUAGUUACCAAUGACAACGCUGGAUUGAACUCUUGCUAGAGAGUUGGCUACAGAUAUUGUAAAAUAAUUCGAUGCAUCUAGUUUUUGGAGUUUUAAUGAAAAUAGUCCAAAACUUGUAAUAUUUAUGUGAGCAGCCUGGUUCAGCAUAAUUUUCAAGAUCUUUCUUGAUUGCUUGCCUAUAUCUUCAAGGCAGAAUAUGGGUAACGAUCAAAUUGGUCUGAAUAUUGGGAAUAUUUUAGCAUAAUAACAUUCGUUUUCUUUAUUUGUAAUAUUCUUUUAUUGCAAUAAUUCCUUCUAUGAUUGAUAGGUAUCGGCUAACUGAAGUGUUCUCGUGUUGAUUGUUCUCUAAUUUUUUGAAUAACAAGUCAUCUAGAUCAUGCAAUGGUUUCUCAAAUUUAUGAGUUUUAGAUAGUUUUGCUCUUUUUUUGUUCUGAAAUAGACUCCAUUUUUUACGCUGAUUGAAAUUUAUUACUCAAUUCUUAGAAUAA